AUGAGAGCAAACAGCGACGUAUAUGGGGGAGGUUUUGGAAAAGUAAAUCUUCGUGCAGCCGAUGUAUUGCCACAAGAUGCACAGGACACCGUGCUAUCGAGGAGAUCAAAACAUUAAUU